AAAAUAAAAAAGAGAGAAGAGAGAGAGGAAGAGAGAGAAAACAAAAAAAGAAAAAGGAAAAAAGGUCGCCAGUGCUUGUGCUUUGUCCCGAAGAGUAUCGGAUAACGCUGCAACCCUUGUGCUCCUCGGUCGCCCUGUCUUCAUUGCUGCCGCCUCGUUCCUCUGUAUUAACUUUGUUUCAGAAGCUCUCAACUGACUACUCCUAGGGAGGGACUCAUUGAUCAAAAUUGAGAUAGCAUCAUUAUGCUCUAGUGGUAAUUGUUGUGGCUUGCUUUGACAAUGGUGGCUGAUCAGUGGAAGAAACGUCUAUGUGCUGCCAGCACUGUUGACUAUUCUCAGGAACCCCAUGGAUUGAAGAAGAAGAAGAAGAAGCAGGGAUUAGCAAGAUAUAGUUUGAAGUUAAGAUCCAAUGUUUCUCUGGUCUGGGAUGACAAAAAAAGGUGUGUUCUUGCCAAGAAGGAGCAAAUUGGCAUUUCAUGGAGAGACUUGACUCCCUUUUUGGAUUCUCUUUCCCACCAUCAUAGUAUACUGGCUGAUGUUUUUACUCUACCUCACGAAAUUUUUGAAUUCGAAAAUUUAAGUGAGGUCCUCUCGCACAAGGUCUGGCAGGCAAACUUGUCAGAAGAUGAGAGAGGAUUUCUUACGCAAUUUUUGCCGGAAGGGUCAGAACCAGAUGAAAUUGUCUGUAAAUUGCUGGGGCAGGAAAAUUUUCACUUCGGAAAUCCUUUUGUUAAGUGGGGUCAGAUGAUUUGUUCUGGUAGCUUUCACCCUGAUAAUGUUAUGCGUCAGGAACAUCUUUUCAAGGCUAACAAGAAGGCGUAUUACAUGGAAUUACAAAAUUACCAUAAUAAUAUGAUUGAGAAGUUGCAGUUAUGGAAGGAAAAUGUGGAGAGCUGUAAAGACUCUGAGGAAGAAUUGGUGGAGAGAAUAUUGAGAAAGGGCUUCACAGAAGGAACCUAUGGCAGUUCACCUGAUGGAGCUAAGGUGAUUGGAAGGUCUAGGAAAGGAGAAAAGCUAAACAAGCGCAAUAUCCAACACAGCGAUGGCGCCAAAUACAUGUCUUAUAUUAAGGUCAGUCGAGAACACUAUCAACGUGUUAAGAACAGCAUGAAGCAUAAUAGUAAUAGCAUUCAGCCCAGGUCUCUGAGCAACGUGUUAGGUGAUAUGGAAAAUCUCCAUGUACAGCCAUUUGAAUUUUAUGAGGAAGAGGAACGUCAGAAGUUACAUGACCACUGGCUGCACCUGGCAAACAGGGAUGUCCCUGCUGGUUUUGCAAACUGGAUACAGAGACGUUCACAGGGAUUGCAAGUGAGAAAAUCAUUAGGUCAAGAAAUGGAACAGAAACUGAAAGUCCAAAUUAAGGGGGAAGAGGAAAAGAUCCCUGAUGGGAUCUUUGCAGAACUAACUGAUACUAAAGAAGGAGAAGAGAGAAGGAGCUCUGAUGGGAUCUUUGCUGAACUAACUGAUAAUAAAGAAGCAGAAGUUGCACUCUCAAUGGAAGUAGAGGUUGAUCAGCCAGAGGGCAACAAAAUAUCUGAUGGGUUGAUUGAGAAGCAGAUGGAAAGCGAGAUAGUAAAUAAUGAGCUUUCUCUACACUUGGAGGUUGAUCAGCAUGAGAGCAACGGAAAAUCUGAUGGGUUGGUCGAGAUGCAAAUGGAAUGCGAGAUAGUAAAUAAUGAGCUUUCUCUACAGCCGGAGGUUGAUCAGCAUGAGAGCAACGAAAAAUCUGAUGGGUUGAUCGAAAAGCAAAUGGAAAGCGAAAUAGUAAAUACUGAGCUUUUUCUACAGUCGGAGGUUGAUCAGCAUGAGGGCAAAGAAGAAUGUGAUGGGUUGAUCAAGAAGCAAAUGGAAAGAGAAAUAGUAAAUGAUGAGCUUCCUCUACAGCCAGAGGAUCAGGAGGGAGGAGAGUCUGCAAGCUUAUGUGAUAAACAGACUCCUGAUAGCACAGCUAACACUGAUUAUGAUGAUGAAUCUCUCCCCGUCUCACUCAAUCAGCAUCUUGAUCAUGUUUCACUUGUUGAGAGCAAUCAGUUAGACCACUUUAAGCUGGACUCUAACGAGAACCAUAUAAUCCAGCAAGCAGAUGAAGUUUCUCCAACUCUAUCGGAGUAUCCUGAGGAAGGGUUGAAUAAUGUGGAUGGUCCUGUUGAUCAGGGGGAUCCUCUUGCUUCUACCAGUAAUGGUUGGUCAGCAGUUAGCAUAGCUACUUCUUAUGGACGUGCCACUCCCAUAAGUCAUGAAUAUUCUUCUGUUGAGGAGUUGUCACUUGGGCAUCCUCGAGUUACCGAUGAGCCAGCGGCUAGUCUUAUUAAUCUGGGAGUUGUCCCUACAGAAAAGGAUGCUGGGAGGGAUAUGUUGCCCAGAGAACCCAGUGAUGUUUCUCUUUUUGGUUCAUACCCUCAGAACAGGAAUGAAAUGUUUCAACCAUUUUUUAAAGGUCCAGAUAGUUUAUCUUACAAUCAUGAGCAUAGACAGCCUCCACUGGUGUACCAACCAUCAAGCAAUCUGAUCGUGGAGCCAGGUCAAUAUUCUGGUCAUUUAAGGGAGCAGCUUCAUGCGCAGUUACCCUUGGAGCUAAGGCACAAGGGACUGAAUGAUCUCCUCAUGCAUCAGAACUUUCAGGAGAAUCUAUACCCAGAUGGAGGUCGAUACUCUUUCCCUAGGCAUGAGCAGUUGAAUGUUGGCAUGCAAGAUUGGGCUGUCAAUUCUGUUCAUGUAUCAGCACCGUCUCAAACUCAUUUAAGCAGUGGAGACUUGUUAAGUCAGAAUUGGUUCUCUGGAGAGAAUCAUGGCCGUGGGGCCUGGUCUACUUUGGAAGGUAUUGGCGGUCCAUCUCAGAGCAUUGGAAGUGUAAACAACUCAGAUCAGAGCUUGUACAGUGUUUUAUCUGAAUGUAACACACUGCAUCAGAGUGGCUCUUAUGAUCUAUCAGGACCAAGAGAACGCUUGAUCCCUUCAAGGAACUAUGGUGAGAUGGAUGCGGCAGUUACCACAACGAGCAAUGCCUCGCUGCAACCAGCUAAACCCCUUAGUUACAUGAGUAGCCAGGAAAGUCCUGGAGGCCUUAAACCCAAUGGUCUCGGAUGGGUGAGCAUGUCUACUCAGAAUCCUGGGUUACAGGAUUCGAUGGGUAAACCAUUCUUGAGGUCCUGGAAUCCAUAGGGAUGUUGCGUUGCACAAUGAUACGCGGCUCCAAGAGUCUGCAGGACAAAAGUUGAUGUAAACUUGUACACCACAAGAAUCAAGAUGCAGCCAGAUUUUAUUGCAAUUGUUUUGAGGUGAGGCUGCUGCAAGGCUUUUCUUGACGAUGUCAAGCCUCAUAGGCUUUUUGUAAAUACAUACGUUAGACAAAUCUAAUGUCUGUGUAUAUACUAGAUAUUUAUAGAUAUAGGGAGAUUGGUUUAGUCAUGGAGAUCCAAUGGUUCUUUAACUAGAUAUCUAGCUAAUAUAGUGUUGCUCGUAUUUUUCAUUUUUUUCUUUGUUGGUAAAAUAAAAUGUCGCAUAUUUUGUUCAA